AAAACAGCAGCUUCGCAGCAAAAUGGCUCGCUUCGUAGGAUUGGAUAAACUGGUCAAGCUAAUGGGCUAUAUCCGCGACAACGGCGGUAUCCGUGCCAGUUUGUACAAGAUGUACAGGAUGGAUGAAAUGAAAGCCGGUCGCCUGGUUGGGCAGGAUAAAUACGGCAACAAAUACUUUGAAGAUCGUUCGCAGUUCUACGGUAGGAAUCGCUGGGUCGAGUAUGCGCCUCAUUUCAACCUGGAGUACGAUGGUUCUCAGAUUCCGGCUGAAUGGUUCGGAUGGAUGCAUUACAAGACCGAUCUGCCUCCAAAUCGUGACGGAAUGCGCCCCCAUUACGCGUGGAUGGUUGAUCAUAGUGAGAACCAUUCCGGAACUAAGGAAGCCUACAUGCCCUACUCGACUACCCGCCCUAAGGUUGAGGCAUGGGAUCCCAAGAAGCCAGCCGACAAAUUGGAAUAGAUGUGAAGCGUUGAUUUUUAGCAUUAAAUAUCCGUUGCUUUAGAGGAGAACUUAUGUUUAAAAAAGUAAGUAAG